UAAAAGCAGUUCGCUUUACCACAGUCCCCCUGCAGCCUGUUCCUUCACCGUCACCAAACGCCCACACCAAACCAGAGGCCACCAUCAUGUCGAAGGACCAGAAUGGAACGUGGGAGAUGGAGAGCAAUGAGAACUUUGACGGCUACAUGAAGGCCCUAGAUAUUGAUUUUGCCACCCGCAAGAUCGCAGCGUGUCUGACUCAGAUGAAGAUCAUCGCUCAGGACGGUGAUAACUUCAAGACGAAAACCAACAGCACGUUCCGCAACUAUGACCUGGAUUUCACCGUUGGGGUGGAGUUUGAUGAACACACAAAGGGCCUGGACAACCGGCAUGUCAAGACACUAGUGACCUGGGACGGCAACACCCUAGUGUGUGUGCAGAAGGGGGAGAAGGAGAACCGUGGCUGGAAGCAGUGGGUUGAGGGAGACAAGCUGUACCUGGAGCUGACCUGCGGUGACCAGGUAUGCCGACAAGUGUUCAAAAAGAAGUGAUGGCCACAGGGGACACCGGACACACACGCACAGAGUUCUCUGUCAGCCCUGGAAAGCAGCAUGGGGUCAUCCAGUCACCUGCCUGGGUUUAAAAUGGAGUGUGUAAAAGGAGCCCCCACCCCCCCACCACCACCUUGGAACCUGUUAUUAAAUAAGAAACAAAAUGUCCACUCA